CACUGCCAGUGCUCGCUACUCGACUUGUGUCUAUUUUCCUGAUCUACCUGGCGUCUUCUCCCUGGGCAGGACAACGCUCUCGGCAUCACCGUCAACGAAAUCUACGGUGCAAGACGAAACAGCAUUGCCUGGAAGAGACUGUGCACAGCUUUGUCGAUGCUGGCCCCACGGCGAUUGGCCAUCGCCCUACUUCGAAACCGUCCAACACCCAGAGUGCCUAUGAUGGCGACCAUGUCUACCGCCGCUGCUGAUCCUAGAGACCGGGCGCCAGCUGGCCCAGUCGAGCAAGCAAUUAGGGUGAAGCUCUCCGAAAUCUUGCAUCCCGAGCGGCUCGACAUCACGAACGACUCAUGGCAACAUCGACAUCAUGCACCCAUGAGGACCGCAGGGGGUGGUAACGGAGAGACUCAUUUCACCGUCCAUGUGGUGUCAGAACAGUUCCACGGCAAGAGUACGAUGCAGAGGCAUAGGAUGAUCUACGCCGCACUUGCGGACGAGUUCGCUGCAGGCCUCCAUGCGUUGUCCCUCAAGACCAAGACGCCGUCAGAAGUGCAGUCGGCCGAGCAGGCGUAAGCGGUGCUGGCAUCUGCAGAGGGCGAUGUACUUGUUAAUUCUUGCCUUCUGCUGUCGUGUUCCUUCUAUCGCCCAUUGGACAUCCUCCUCGUCAAUUGAGCAGCUCGGUUACUCAACCUUCCUGGAGUAGAGCGCCCUGAUCAACAGGCUUUUUCGUGGAUACACCAGAAUACAGACCUCUCCUGUAUUGUCAUAGCAGCACUAGCCAUGUGCUCCAGAACUGCAUUGCCCUCUCUGUGGCGAUCAUGUCCUUGGAGUUCGUUGGUCGGAAGCAUUGGUAGCGCGUGGUCCGCUCGCAGUAUGCUAGGCUUUGUUCAGGUGUUUGCUUCCGGUGUCGGACAGUGGAUGUGGUUCUCAAAUGAGUGCGCAAUUGUAAGUCACGAUUCCCGAGGAGCGCCGUUUGUUUGCGGGUCAGGAACACGCAGGCCGUGUGUCGUUAGAGGUUAGGAACGUGGAGUUGCCCUGCCUACUGCUCUGUACAACGCUAUUCGGAGGGUCGUCGCCUUGCAUGUGAACGGAUUUCCAGAUGGAACGAGGAUUGACAUGCGAUGGCCAACCUUCGCGACUGGCUGGGCGAUCAUGGGCUGCGCGUGUCUGGCGUUGUCGUG